AUGACCCGAUUAUUUCUGAAAUGGAUUUUGAUAUUCCUUUUCUUUGCCACAAUCACCGCUUUACACCCGAUUUACGAAACCAUCAAAAAGAAGCAAAUACCAAAAGCAGAAGAUGGCGGUCCAUUGCAGGUGAAAGUCGGCUUUUACGUGGAAAGUAUGGGGAAUUUUCGAAGCACUGAAAUGACAUUUGAUAUGGAUUUGUAUAUGUACAUGUCAUGGGUUGACCCGGCAAUGGCUCACAACGAAUCGGAUUACGUUUUAAUAAAUGAUGCUGAUGUUUUGAAAAGUAUCUGGUUGCCGGAUCUCUACUUUGCGAAUGCUCGAACAGCCUAUUUUCACGAAGUAAUGGUGCACAAUUUCAAUAUGUUUGUCAGUCCGACAGGAAUUAUUGCUUAUGGAACAAGAGUAACUUUGAAUGUUGCUUGUAAUUUACAUCUUAAAGAUUAUCCCUUGGAUUCGCAAAAAUGUUUGGUGAAAAUCAUUUCCUAUGCUCACGUUGAAACGGAGAUGAAAGCCACUUGGUUCGAAGAUGGAGCAAUUCGGAUGAACAAGGAGAUUGGGUUACCCGAAUACAAUCUUGGACCAGCUGAGAGUCUUUCUUGUUCCGGAGAAUUUCAUUACACAAUCACGCACAACUCGAGUCGGAUAGGUAAUUUCUCUUGUCUUGUCGGUGUUCUAUCGAUGAAAAGAGCAAUCGGAUAUCAUUUAGUCCAAUCCUAUAUUCCGACUGGCUUAAUCGUGGCGAUCUCUUGGGUCUCAUUUUGGAUUGAUCGACGAGCGGUGCCAGCUCGAGUCUCUCUAUCAUUCACAACUCUUCUCACUUUAUCCACUCAAGGGAAUGGAAUUCGUUAUGGUCUUCCGCCUGUUUCAUAUGCUAAAGCUAUUGAUUUCUUUUAUGGGACGUGUAUGCUGUUCAUCUUUGGCGUGUUACUCGAGUUUGCUGUCGUGAAUUCCUAUAUGAGAAAAGCUCACAAGUUCGGCGUUAUGGCCGAUCGGUCGCAGAGUUCAAAUGAAGAAAAUGGAAGACACAUUGUUUGUGACACAGGCACAGACGGUGAGGCUGACUAUGAGGACAGUCCAAGGACAAGAAUUCACGUGAAAACAGCUGGCCACUAUGCAAUACUUGUUUGUAAGUCUCUCCAAUUCUCUCGAAAAGCUCACACAGUCGAUCAGAUCUCUCGAUUCGCGUUUCCAGCUUCAUUUAUCAUAUUCAAUAUUAUUUACUGGACUUAUUAUUUGAGUGAAGAUCGACAGAAAAAUGAGGAUGAAGUUAUUUAUGUU